AUGGUAAAGCUGUUUGUUGGUGGUCUGCCGGAAGGCGUAGAUUCAAUUCGGCUUCGUCAACUGUUCUCACAGUUUGUGCUUGUUAAUGAAUGUGAUGUUAUUAAGGAUUAUGCGUUUGUUCAUGUUGCUGAUGAGGAGGCUGCGCGUAUAGCUAUCGAGAAAUUAGAUGGUUACAUACUAGAAAAUAAAGCUAUAAACAUUCGGAGGUCGACCUCCAAAUUACGUAGAGAACCAGGUAUGGAUAAACGAUGUUAUCGUUGUGGUUCAUCUGAACAUAAAACUCCUCAGUGUCCUCAAGAUCCUGCUUUAAAAAGACCGAACGCUGGAGUAGUGACAGGUCCUGACCAAAAACGACUCGCACUUGAUCCACUGUACGUUUUUAAUAAGUGUCAAGCCAUGAAAAUUUCCGUUUUCUUAUUUGCCCGAACGUUUUCUAAAGUCACUGGAUUUAUUAGAUCACUUCUUGGGGUUGAUCUUAUACCAUUGUAUGAGCAAUAUUUGGAGUCUCGAACAAAGUAUUUUUAUUUCCGAGAACGUCUGAUGAAGGAGGUGAAAGUCAGAGCCCAGCUGGCCCCCUAUAAUCAACCGUCAACACUUCAGGCUCCCUAUGCUAGUGGUGUUUACAACGCUUACCAACCACAACCUCAAACAUAUUCACAACAGUACUGCUUUUCUGCCUUCGUGGUUUCUUUAGCGCUAAAAAUAUAA